AUAUUUAUUUACAGAAAAUGUUCUUUAAAAUUUUUUUGACCCGUAACUUUAAAAUUAUAAUUCUAAUAACAUAUCGAUUAAUCGAAAGUCAGUAAUUUUUUUUUAAAGGAUCCCCCCGUCAACAUCUCCUCUUUCCCCGGAUUUUUUAUUUUUUAUUUUUUAAAAGAAUCUUUUUCCGCUCCCGUGUCUCCGCAUCAUCUCCCACCCGGAACACAGGAGACCAAACUUUGACAGAAACAUCUGCAACUGCAACCAUAAAUAUAGGGUUCCACAUAAAAAUUUAAAACAAAACAAAAAAUGGCCGCUUCUCUCUCGUUCAGACCGAACAUGCCCUUUUGACCUAUCCUCUUUUAAAUCGAACUCAAUUUUCCGGUUUUCCCGCUCAAAGAAGUGGUCUUCACGGCUCUUUAUCCGUAACCAAAUUCGGUUCAAACCGGGACUCUGCCCGACCCGGAUGCUUCCGAGGGUGUCAGGGCUGUUUACUAGAGAUGAAAGCCUUCUCUAUACGAUUCCCGACGCUGUCGUUUCGUCUUCCGAAACUGUUACUACGACCACCACUACUACUAAACAAAACAAUCAUCGGCUUUCGGGAAAAACCAAUUCCAUGGAAACUAUUUUGAAGUUUUUGUUCUUGCGCACAGGUAGAAUCAGCAAUGGCCAUGCUUUCGUUGCAGCCUCAAAUAAAGGCUAUUCAGCAGAAAUUGCUGGAGGUCAGGAGAGAAUUCAACUUGAAACUGCUCAAUUAUGUAAACUAGCUGGGAUAAACCCAUUAGCAGCUCCUUCUGGUCUAAGUCUAUAUUGGUUCACAAAUAACAUAUUAAGUACAGCACAACAAGUAUGGCUUCAAAAGUUAGGGGAGGCAAAGGAUCCUGCAGAGCAACUUAAUGAUGAUAUCGUCAAGGAAGAGCAAGGCUGGCUUCAGAAGUCUCUCUCUGAAUUGAAUUCCAUCAGAAAAAAGGCCAAAUAAGAAGAAAAGUUGACACCAGAGGGGCUGCACCCUGGUGAAAGCUAAAGGAGCAAUAGGCGAGAAGAAGAAAGCAAAGAGAAGAAGAAAGGAGGAAAGCUCAAGUGGCAGCACCUAAAGAUGAUCAAUUAACAAAUGAGGGGCAUAAGAUAGAGGGUACCAUCUUUGAUAAGGAAAAUGGUGCUGGAGCCGGCUUAAUUACCAGAAAGAAUGAGAAAUAUCAAAUGUGGGAAAAUACUUAUUUACAGUUGGUUGUAAUAAAUAAUAUUUAUAUUUGUAUAUCUAGAAUUAAGUAUUUGUAUCUCUAGAAUUAAA